CGCAAAGGCGUAGUCGACAUUUCGCAGGAAACGAAAUCGUUAGCUGCCACGGCCAGAGAGAACAAGUUGAAACCUCAGUAAUUCCAAGGUGGAACAGUUUGUGUAUCGAACCUCGUCAUGAUGGGCGUAUCUCAAUUCUGUGCCGUUACAAAUCCGCCACAAUCCUGCAUUUUGGCAAUUGGCGCCACAAUAAAGAAGCUUGUCAUAGACCCCGAUAGCCUGAAAGGUUUCCGUGAAGUCAGCGUUAUGAACGUUACCUUAAGUGCAGAUCAUAGAACUGUUGAUGGCGCUGUUGCUGCCAAAUGGCUGCAAUACUUCCGUGACUUCAUAGAUGACCCAGAGACAAUGAUCCUUUAAGUUUAGCAUCUCGAAACACCUUCAUAUAAUACACUCGCAUUCAGUUAAACGUAAUUC